ACCCUAUAUAUUGUUUGUUUGUUAAGAUAACGUUGAAUCGAUAUUUUCAUCGAAACAUGGAUGAAUGAAAUAUAUAUAUGUCGAUCGAUUUGAAAUUGCAGAUCUGAAAGGGAAAAUAAUAACUGGCUCAAAUUUAUGGCUAUAUCGGCAAUUCGGCGUUUCGCUAGUAGUGCAAACAUUGUGUCGGAAACACAAAAAGUCGUCAUGAUCUUAAAUGAACAGCAAAGAAAGCAACUGUUGCAACCUCUAAUCGACAAAGGAUGGAAAAUGGUUGAAAGUCGAGAUGCCAUUCGGAAGGAUAUACAGUUCACGAAUUUUAGUGAAGCAUUUGGUUUUAUGACACGUGUAGCAAUGUAUGCGGAAAAAGUGAAUCAUCAUCCAGAAUGGUUCAAUGCAUAUAAUAAGAUUGAAGUGACUUUAAGCAGCCAUGAUGUGAAUGGCUUGUCGGAAAAAGAUAUCAAACUGGCCAAUUAUAUCGAAAAACUAUCCAAUUAG